UGCCUCACCCCCCCCACCCCUCCCUCGAUCGCUGUGGUCCGGUAGCUCCUGGCGGGCGGCCUGCGGGCGGGCCGCCCUCUCAUCCUUAGCCCACCCCCCUCUUAAAGCCGCGGCGGGAAGAUGAGGUUUCGUGAGCCGCUCCUGGGCGGCAGCACCGCGAUGCCCGGCUCGUCUCUGCAGCGGGCCUGCCGCCUGCUCGUGGCCGUCUGCGCGCUGCACCUCGGCGUCACCCUGGUCUAUUACCUCUCGGGCCGCGACCUGAGCCGCCUGCCUCAGCUAGUGGGAGUCUCCUCUCCAUUUAAGGGAGGCACGAACGGCACCGCCGCCAGCAAGCAGCCCCCAGGAGAGCUCCGGACUCGGGGCGCACGGCCGCCGCCUCCUCUAGGAGUCUCCUCGAAGCCUCGCCCGGGUCCCUCUAGCCCUGGAGCGGCUUUUGACCCCGGCCCGAAGAGCAACUUGACUUCGUUCCCAGUGCCCCCUACCACUGCACUGUUGUCGCUACCCGCUUGCCCUGAGGAGUCCCCGCUACUCGUUGGCCCCAUGGUGAUUGACUUUAAUAUUCCUGUGGAUCUGGAGCUUUUGGCCAAGAAGAACCCAGAGAUAAAGAUGGGCGGUCGUUACUCCCCCAAGGACUGUAUUUCUCCUCACAAGGUGGCCAUCAUUAUCCCAUUCCGCAACCGGCAGGAGCACCUCAAAUAUUGGCUGUAUUAUUUGCACCCAAUCCUACAGCGCCAGCAACUGGACUAUGGCAUCUACGUUAUCAACCAGGCUGGAGAAACCAUGUUCAAUCGAGCUAAGCUCCUCAAUAUUGGCUUUCAAGAGGCCUUGAAGGACUACGACUACAACUGCUUUGUGUUUAGUGAUGUGGACCUCAUUCCGAUGGAUGACCACAAUGCCUACAGGUGUUUUGCGCAGCCAAGGCACAUUUCUGUUGCAAUGGACAAGUUCGGGUUUAGCCUGCCCUAUGUUCAGUACUUUGGAGGUGUCUCUGCUCUCAGUAAACAGCAGUUUCUUGCCAUCAAUGGAUUUCCUAAUAAUUACUGGGGCUGGGGAGGAGAAGAUGAUGACAUUUUUAACAGAAUAGUUCAUAGAGGCAUGUCUAUAUCGCGCCCAAAUGCUGUGGUUGGAAAGUGUCGCAUGAUACGACACUCAAGAGACAAGAAAAAUGAGCCCAAUCCUCAGAGGUUUGACCGGAUUGCGCACACAAAGGAAACUAUGCGUUUUGAUGGUUUGAACUCACUUACGUACCAAGUGUUGGAAGUACAAAGAUACCCAUUAUAUACCAAAAUCACAGUGGACAUCGGGACACCAAGAUAGCAUUUUGGAACAAAAUAAGAGACCUGAAAAUGGCCAGGGACCUCAGACGUGUGUCUCUGCCAGUCGACUGGGCUGGCCCCUCGCAUUUGUGUAAUCCGAAUGCUAGUUGUCCUUGCUAUGAUCCAGACGUCUUUCCAGAUGCCCAGGGUGAAUGUAAUGUUUGCCUUGAACCUGGCUGGGCACUGGAUGAAACUCUACCAGGUGUUGGUCAGUGGGAAAAAGGUCAGCCUUCGGAGGCUUCUUGGUCACCCUGUGUCACCUCUCCAAAGAGGCAGAGCUGUACACAGAUCAUAACUGAGUGACUGUGGCUCACAUUCCCACUGCUGAAACGUGGGUAAGACUUCGCUUUAAUCGGUGACGUUUAUACUUUAUGACAAAUUGGAGGCUGCUGCUGGAUUCAGAUUGAUGUGAUAUUCUUGGAUUUUUUUUUAUACAAAAAUCAAAAUUUCAAUCAGUCUCAUGUUCUGUGCCUGUCCUACGUUCUCUUAUUGGUGUGCAGCUUGAUGCACACCAGUGUGUGUGCUUUCUUAGCAAAAGAAUUUUAAAACUUGAGCCUGGAGCUUGGUGCCCUGUUAGGGUGUGGAUUCUGAGGCCUUGCACUCGGAGCAGGGGCCUUGGGUACUCUCAACUCACAUGGCCUGUCUUCAGAUCCCUGUCUGAUUUCUGAAUGUAAAGUUUUGGGAGUUUUGGGAGGGGGGGGGCUUGUUUGUUUGUUUAUUUGUUUUUUAAGAAGCAGUUUGCAGUGUUUUAAAGAAUAAAUUGAGUUCUGAUUAUGCUAUAGCUUGUUUUUAUGUUGAUCCAAAUUGAAAUAGCUAUUGUUAAGUCAUGACACUUUAUUUUUCUAGGCAUGCUAUGUAAACUUGAAUUUCCUAUAUAUUUUUAUUGUGGUAUGUUAUAUGUGGGGAAGGGAUUGAGUAUUUUUUAGGGAGAAAGCUAAUGUAUGCUGUAGUGGUUACAAAUAAGCCUCUGAUUAGGCUGGCAGGCCAGGUUUUGUGAAGAGCAAAAUUACCCUCAGGUCCCCUAAUGAGGGCAAAGCCUACAGGUGAGCAUUAUCCUGCCAGACCUCUGGGUCAGGAAUUACAGAGACUUGGCAGAACUCUCUCUCCACCUCUGGGGAGGGGGGGCUCAGUUUCCUAGACCCCCCUGAGGGCCCUAGGCUGUGGGGUUGAAGAUCUCAGCCAUCCGGGUGGUUGCCAUCCGUACACCCCUCGGAGCUUCGUGCCGCACUCCCGGCCCCACCUACACUGACCAACUCUUACUUUGCUCCUCUUCCUUCUCCCUUUCACUCUUUCUUCCUUUCCUGAAAUCUCCUGUGGCACUCAGGGUCAAACUUCAUUCUCCAGCACAAUUGUGCCUUUUAAUUAGAGGUCUAGAAAGUUCCCCAGAGCCCACACCCCGUUCUUCCUUGAGAAUCCUGGUGCCCAUAGAGCCCCUCAUCACCACUCAGGGUUUUCGCAGGUGCUUCCCCACUGCUCGGUCUAACCCACAGGGGUCCCUCACAAACUCGCCCGUGCUGGGGUGCAGUGCCUGGGGUCACUGAGAUCACUGGAGGCACUCAGACCACCAGGAUGAGAGGGUUUGUAAAAUACAGCCUGGGUUGAGAGCCAAGAUCAGCAGUCUAAUCCCAGAGCUCAGGCCUUUUCAUGGUAGCAGCCUGGACUCCAGUGAGUGUGGAUGGUGACCAGAGAGACGGUCCUGGUCCUCCCUGUGCCUUUGUGGCUUUCAGCAUCACAGUGUCUAACUUGCUGCUUUUUCCAGACACUUUUUUUUUAGUGUAGUUAAAAACGAUUAUUCCCCAACCAAAGCACACAGGCUGUGCAAGGUCCGUGCUCUCUCGAUUCCACGUGCCUCUAGAAGGCCGUUCAAACCGAGACUGCCUGCACCGAGAGUUUUGUUUUUCUGUCCCCAGAUCCUGACUUUUCCAAAGUGCCUUAGAAGGGAGACAGAUGCCAAGUGGUGUUGUCUGUGUCACCUCCUUUAUUCUUAAAGCAGAACUGCCUUUACUCUGUUUUGUUCAUGUGGUCCUCAGAACCGAGGGAAAUCCUUUCGUCUGCUCCUCCACCUUCCAGCUUGCUCUGGGGCACCUCAGGCCCAGCGCACAGCUAAGAUACUGUUGGGCCUGGACAUUUGCCUGACCCAGGAGAGGCCGUUGUCUGCGUCCUCACCGGGGAUUGGAGGAUUGAGGAGUCAGUGAACAUUCCCUUCACCUGGGAGUUUGGACCCCAGUGUUACAUGCCGUGCCUUUUUCUGUCUGUAUUUUUUGCUGGUGACCCGUGUAAAGUGGCCUUUGGGAAAGAUCGGUGGCACAGGAAAGCAAAGGAAAUGCCAUGCUGGCCUUCAGCCUGGUAGGGUCUGCACUGACCACUGGGCACUCUAGAUACUUGUGAUGCCGUGUAUGUAUUGCCAUAUCCUAUGUAUGCAAGUGUGUGUAUUUACUGUUGGGGCUGGGGCGGAGGUGGGGGCGCUGUCUCUCUGACUUUGAUGUUCAGAACAGACAACUGUAUUUUUUUGCCUUUGAAAUACAGUAAUAUAACACGAAUAAAUGACCCUAUCUUUGUAA